CCUUGAUUAUUAUUCUCCAAACAGAGUGCUAUCACUCAAGUACAAUACAGUCUUUUAUCCUCUUUGCAAGUCAAAAAAGCAACACGACCAAGCCAUCAAGAUCCGGCUCAAAUCUAAACUUAUUCUCAUUUUUGCUAAAAGAAGAUCAAAAAAAAACUUUUCAACACUUAUUUACCAUGGCCAACGCUCGGCUAGAUCUCGACACUGAUCAGCUUGCGCAGAAUUAUGAGGAAAUAAACAAGAUCUAUCAGUUCCAGUCUGGUAAGAUGCUAGUUGAUAAACUUGGAGACCUAACGGGUCUAAGAAUCCUGGACCUGGGCUGUGGAACAGGAACUCUGACCAUUCACUUUGCGAAGCUCGUUGGGCCUACUGGAAGUGUAAGUGGCACUGAGCCGCUGGCAAAAAGGGUCGCUCUUGGGAACGAGACAAUUGCGGCUGAAAACAAGAAGCGAAAGGAUGAGAGCAAGCACGAACUACAUGUUUCUCUUGCAGUGGGCACCGCGGAGAAUGCAGUGGGUAUGUUCCCUGCUGGGAGCUUUGACAUUAUUUGCAUGAACUCCGUGUUCCACUGGGUUCAGGAUCAAGCCGCUGCUCUCGCAGGGAUCCGUAAGCUCUUGAACGAGAGCGGACGCCUUGCUAUCUGCGGCAGCUCAAAGGAGCAUUACCAUCCUCAAUCAGAGAAGAAUAGGGUACUGGCAGGAGAGCGAUAUCGUGAGCAUGUUCCUGGAGGUAUUGCUCGUCUUUCCACAAGAAGCACUCUUCAUUCACUCCUCCAGGACGCUAAUCUACUGAGCCGAACGAUUGAUCUUGUUCCUUACGAGGUUACUUUUCCAAAUUACGACAAACUUAUGGAAUUUGAGAUGGCUAGUACUUUCGGAAACUUCCUCGACUUCAGAUUUCUGCCUGAAAACCUGAGAAAGCCUGCAGAGCUCGAGGUGAUUGAGGCCUACCGCGCUCUCGACAAGGGUGCAGGGAUUCCGAUGACUGUUACCUUGUUAAUGACCAUUGCGAAGAAGUUUUAAUGGGCUAGUCGUUUCCAUUGUUCUGUUUUUAUUUGCCCAUCUCGUCAAAGGUGCCGCUUCUCCUGUCUACUUCUAGAUAGAGAUAUGUAGUUACACAGAGC